AUGACAGAAUUCAAAGCAUUUAGAGGACAACAAGACGGCAAGAUUGUCCAAUCAACUGGAAAAGUACCUGAACUUGGCCAACAUGAUGUUUUGAUCAAGCUCACUCACGCUGGUCUCUGCUUCACGGAUGUUCACUACGUUCAAGCUGGUAUUGCUCUCGGCCACGAACCAGUAGGAAAGGUCACCAAGGUUGGUACUGACGUCAGACAUUUGAAGGAAGGUGACGUCGUCGGAUAUGGAUACAACCACGGAAGUUGUGACACCUGUGACGAAUGUCGCAUUGGUAAUGACACCCUUUGUGGUUCAAGAAGACUUUAUGGUGAAGCUGACACUGACUUUGGUGCGUUCGGUGAAUACGCCCAAGUCGAAGAACGUUUCGUCCACAAGAUCCCAGACAACUUGGCUCCAGAAUACGCCGCACCAUUACAAUGUGCAGGUGCAACCGUCUUCGCACCAUUCUUGAAGUACGACAUCAAGCCAAUCCACAGAGUUGGUGUCAUUGGUAUCGGUGGUCUCGGUCACCUUGCCCUUCAAUUCGCUAACAAGUGGGGUUGCUCAGUUGGUGCAUUCACCACUUCUGAGAGCAAGGCAGAUGAAGCUAAGUCAUUUGGUGCUCACGACGUUAUCGUCACUAAGCGUCCAGAUGGUGAGAGCUUUGUUCCAAAGUCUGACGCUGAGAAGUUUGAUUUCAUUAUCUGCACUGUCUCAUCACAAGUUCCUUGGGACAACUACUUUGACUGCUUAAAGCCACGCGGUCAAAUCAUCCCACUUGGUGUUGACUUCGGCAAGUUUGAGACUAACCGUUACUUCUCCUUGCUCGCUCGCGAGAACAAGAUCGGUGGUAACAUUGUCUCAAAUAGAUAUCAACACCAAAAGAUGUUGGAAUUCUGUGCUAGACACGGUAUCAAGCCAGCAAUCGAGUUACUUGACUUGACUGAGGAAAACAUCAACAAGGCACUCGGAAGGCUUCAAAAGAAUGACGUUCGUUACCGUUUCGUCUUCAAGCACUUGGAAUAA